GACGGGGGAGGCCGCUCUGGGGGAGCACGUGGCGCGCCUCCCGCCCGCUCCCGGGGCUGCUGGGAUGGUGGCGGAGUGUGGCGGCCUCCCGCUGCCGUCGUGCCGGGAGGCCAGCGGAGGCGGGGCCGCGGCCGCCCCUGAGAGGCGCCCCGGCGGCGGCAGCCCAGCCUCUUCUUUCCUCGCACAGCCAGGCGGCACCUGCUCGAGGCCCGCGUCGUCAUGGCCGCGGUUCCCGAGUUGCUGCAGCAGCAGGAGGAGGACCGCAGUAAGGCAGAGUUAGAGACAGAAAGGUCUUCUUUUCCGUUGGUUCACCCCCCAAAUGGCUGCUACGGCCGGUGCGCUGCGCCGAUCUGAAGCCAAGAGCCAGGUGCUUCCUCCUGGUCUCCCAUGCGGGUGCAGGGCCCAAGCACUUGGGCCAUCCUUCACUGCCUUCCCGGGCCACAGCAGAGAGCUGGACUGAAAGAGGAACAGAACCUGGGGUGCCGGCGCCACAGGCAGAGGAUUAGCCAAGUGAGCCACGUUGCCGGCCUCCUUUGUGUCUUAACAUGCAUGCCCGAAAAACUAUACUCAUCAGGGAGGAAGACACUUCAUAAAAGAGUUAAGCGUGGGAACCAGAAGAUAAUCGUUCAGUGGAACAGAAGUUGGCUGCUGAGAUCUGUAUCUGUGGACCUGAAUAUUGAUCCUUCACUUCAGAUCGACAUACCUGAUGCACUCAGCGAGAGAGAUAAGGUCAAAUUUACAGUGCACACCAAGACCACACUGCCCACGUUUCAGAGCCCAGAGUUUUCUGUUACAAGGCAGCAUGAAGACUUUGUGUGGCUACAUGACACACUCACUGAAACAACAGAGUAUGCUGGGCUUAUUAUUCCACCUGCACCUACAAAGCCUGACUUUGAUGGCCCUCGUGAGAAGAUGCAGAAACUUGGAGAGGGUGAAGGGUCUAUGACCAAGGAAGAAUUUGCCAAGAUGAAACAAGAACUGGAGGCUGAGUAUCUCGCUGUCUUUAAGAAGACUGUGUCCUCCCAUGAAGUCUUUCUUCAACGGCUUUCUUCUCAUCCUGUUCUCAGUAAAGAUCGCAACUUUCAUGUUUUCCUGGAAUAUGAUCAGGAUCUAAGUGUCAGGCGGAAAAAUACCAAAGAGAUGUUCGGUGGCUUUUUCAAAAGUGUGGUGAAAAGUGCUGAUGAAGUCCUUUUUUCUGGAGUUAAGGAGGUAGAUGACUUCUUUGAGCAAGAGAAGACCUUCCUUAUUAACUACUACAACAGGAUCAAGGACUCCUGUGGGAAAGCUGACAAGAUGACCAGGUCUCAUAAAAAUGUUGCAGACGACUAUAUCCACACUGCAGCUUGCUUGCACAGCCUGGCUUUGGAAGAGCCCACAGUCAUCAAAAAGUACCUGUUGAAGGUUGCUGAGCUGUUUGAAAAACUUAGGAAAGUAGAGGGUCGAGUCUCAUCAGAUGAAGAUUUAAAGCUCACAGAACUCCUCCGUUACUACAUGCUCAACAUAGAGGCCGCAAAGGACCUCUUAUACAGACGUACUAAGGCCCUCAUUGACUAUGAGAACUCAAACAAAGCUCUGGAUAAAGCCCGGCUGAAAAGCAGAGAUGUUAAGUUGGCAGAGGCACACCAGCAGGAAUGCUGCCAGAAAUUUGAACAGCUUUCUGAGUCUGCUAAAGAAGAACUGGUAAAUUUCAAGCGGAAGAGAGUGGCAGCAUUUAGAAAGAAUCUAAUUGAAAUGUCUGAACUGGAAAUAAAGCAUGCCAGGAAUAAUGUCUCCCUCUUGCAGAGCUGCAUUGACUUGUUCAAGAACAACUGAUCUACCUUUACUCUGAAGGAAGGAAAUGAAUGUGAAAGAAAACCAGCAUCACUUGCACUUAAAUCAUUACCAUGGAAGAUUUAUUAGCUUUGACUUUAGUUAAAAAUUAUGUGAACUAUUUUGAUUUCUAAAAAUCUUAACACUUAACCAUGUUGGUUUAAAAAUAUUUUUAUUGCAUGCUAUUUGGAUAUAACUAAUCUUUUCCUUAUGCAUUCAAUACCUCAAAGUGGGCAAGAUAUAAAUACUGGAUACUUCUGUUGUUUGUCUUUCAUUACCAAGAGGGUGUAGGAGACAUGUGCCUUCUGGAAACCAAUAGAAGCAAUCACCUGGCACAUGUUUCUCCAUGUGCUCAUGUCCACACAAACUGAUUUUGUCAGGCGCCAAUUCCAACAUAGGUAACAGACAUUCCAUUCGUUAAUUACAUAGUUCUCACUCCUUAUUACUCAUGUUUCUUGAGUCACCUGAAGUGUUUGUAUUAGACAAUGGCAAGAAAAUCUCAUUUAUCUUUGUAUACCCUUUGCAGCUCCAUUUUUAUAGUUGAGAUGAAAUGUUCGAGGAUAGAGCUAUAUCUUGGGAUACCCAUAGACAUGGCUACAUGAAGGAAGACUCUGCCUACUAGUGGUUGGGGGGUGGUGGAUGUGUUUUGGGACUUUUGUCUUCAAUAAAGCAUAUAAUGAACAAGAAA